AUUAUUUUAGGAUAUAGUGAAUAAAUUAGAAGUCGGAGGUAAUUUUGAAGAUUUCAUUGAUCUCCGCUGCUCAGAAAUCAGAAUUGAAGCUGCAAAAAAAAAGAAGAGACAAUUCAAUGUUUCUGGAAUCGGACAGGAGGAGGAUGCCUCGGCCCAAUUCAAUGUUUCUGAAUGCGACUUGGCGGUGGAGGAGACGGAUUGUGAAGAGGAGAGGGAAGGCCAUCGACGCCAUGGCGCGGAGGAGAGUUUGACCGCACUGGAUGUGAAAACGGCGUGGCCGUGCUGUCGCGGAGAAAUGGGUUGACGAUGAGCCGGGGAAGGCAGCCUUCGUGCAUCGCGUUGACCAGAUUAAUGGGAAAUAGGAAGAUAUUUUAAUAACAUUAAAAUUCUGGGUUGUUUUGGUAAAGUAGAUAAAUUUUGGUUCGUGUUGAUUGUCGGGAGGAGAGGCCGAGAGAUGGAGAGCGCAAGGGAGUCUCGCCGGCGAAGGAUCUUAGAACGCGGAUCUGAUCGCCUCGCCUUCAUCUCCGGCCAAGCUAGAUCGGUUCCCGGUUCCACCUCCGCUUCUGGAGAUCCACACACCUCUGUUGGUCCACUCACUGAGGUUCAUGCUACAAAUGAUCACUUAUCUGGCCAAAAUGGAAGCACCAACGACCACAAAAAUGCAAGUGGAAUGGCUGAAUUGGGAGGAAAUAGUGUGAGAAGCAAUGAACGUCCUAAAGCUUACGAAGUGCUUGCUAGUGAUAUGACAAAAAAUGAUGAUGGUGCAACUGAACCAGGAAGCAAUGAUGAAGUUAAGACACUCCAGACAGAGAGGGAUACAAUGACACCAAACACUUCUGUGUUCGAGAGUUCAUCUCAACAAGUUGCAUACGCAACUGUUUCCACAAUGCAGGUGAAGAAGCAGAUGCCCUUCUCAUCAAAACAAGUUAGUCGAGGUAUCUCAGCUUCUGAAAAUAAGCGCUUGCUUUGUGCGGUUAUCAUUGCUCUUUUAGUUAUCAUGUCGAAUCGAGGUUAUACUCUUGGUGGUGGUGUUGCGAAUAGUAUUUUGAUCUUUAGACCACUGUUCCUGGCAAUGCUCACUGAUAUAACCAUCAUUCUAUGGUUGCUAAUGACAACACAACACAAAGCUGAGAAAGAGAAAGAAAAAGUUAGAACUGGAAGAGACGAGUCUGGUUCGACGAACACCGUAGGAGAUGCAGUGGAUGCAUUAUUGGCGUUUCAGAAAGCAGCAACAGCUAUUUUCAUGGAUUGUAGUAUAUGCGCUAUUAUCAUUAUUUGUGGCCUUUGUUUCUGAAAUCAUAUUGUUUGUUUGAAUUUUCUGCCAAUAGGCCAACAUAAACAAGCUUGUUCAGUCUACUAAAACAGGUAGGUGUUUUGAACUUUCGAGAUUAUCAUCAGCUACAGUCAGUGUAUUUUCUUUCA